AUGGGCGACGCAACUGUCAACGGCGAUAUGCCUCAAUCCCAGGUCCUCAGCCACAUCUCCUCAUACCCUGCCGUUAGCGACGGCAUCUCUUACUUCAAGGGCAACCCUUAUGGCGCCAAAUCUAUCGAGGUGACCAAUGCUGGCUACGCCAAGUUCAUCAAGCCCGCUCUCCCCUACUUCGAGGCCCCUGCCUCCUACGCGAAGCCCUAUGCCGCUAAGGCCGACGAGAUCGGUGACAAGCUCUUGACCAAGGUUGACGAGCGUGUGCCCAUCGUCAAGUCCGAGACAAAAGACAUUCAGAAGUCCAUCUCGGAUCUGAUCUACUGGCCCUUCACCAAGGCUACCGAGACCAAGGACUGGGCUUUCGAUACCUACAGCUCCGAGUACAAGAAGUGUGGCGGCGAUGGCUAUGUUGCUGGUGGCAAGGCUGCCGUCACCACUCCCCUCGUCCUUGGAUCGGAAGUUCUGCAGUGGCUUAGCAGCUUCCUGCAGGCCAAGAAGGAUGAGGCCAAGCAAGUCGUGGCCGAGAAGACCAACAACUAA